UCUACAGUCAGCAAGUAUAAAGACUCUGUACAUACUUUUCCUAUAUAAACGACAAAUGGUACUUUGUACAAUGAAUUAGAACGAAGUGUUAGAAAAUGAAAGCCUUGGUGAAGACUUUGUUCGUCUGCAUACUAUUGGUGUGCUCCAGCCACGCAUACAAUGAAAUUUGUAAUGGUGUCCCUAAUCUCACCUAUGUGAGAAGCCCUCAAGCAUGCUACCUUUACUAUGCGUGCAUCGAUGGCCAGGCAUAUGGAUACACGUGCCCCGAUGAUCUUUGGUUCUCGAUGGAAUUACAACGAUGCGUGCCGCAAGAGGAAGCAGACUGUGACAUCGAACCUGCACCUGAGCUACCGGAAGCACCGCCAAGACCCCCGUCUCCGGAAUGUGAGGAUUUGCCGGACUUCACAUACCUUCCCAGCAGUACAUCUUGUCAGUUCUACUAUCAAUGUAUUGAUAAUUUCGCGUACAGACUGUCAUGCCCUCGUGGCUACUGGUUCAGUGUUGAACUUGGACGGUGUGGUAACAGGUUUGAGGUUGAAUGUGAUAUUGAGGAAUCAACACAAACUCCCACCGCUCCUCCAGGACCAUCAGAACCCAACCUGUGCUUCGGGCGUCCCAAUUUUUCUUAUGUGAGAAGUCCGCAAUUUUGUCACCUGUUCUACUACUGUCUUAAUGGAACUCCGUUCCCCAUGAUCUGUCGGAAUGGAUUUUUCUUCGAUGAAACCGCUCAGGACUGCAUCCCGGAGGAAGAAGUACAAUGCGAUGAUUCGAAUGUUCCCGGAUCAACCCCUGGUACAACUCCAGGCAUUUGCGACGAUGUAGAAGACGGUGUGAUGAUUAUACAUCCGCAGUUCUGUAAUCAAUACUAUGUUUGUGUCGAAGGUAACGCUUACCCGACACUUUGCCCGGACGGCCAAUGGCUGGACGUUGAGAAACAAGCGUGUGGCAAGCCAAUAGAUGUCUAUUGCCCAAAUGGCCCACCAACAACACCGACGCCAAGUGUGUGCGUUGACGUUGCGGAUGGUGUAUACGUACCUAGCCCAGAACGUUGUGAAGCCUAUUACGUUUGCGCAGGAGAAAUCGGCUACAUUCUAUAUUGUCCUCCCGGGCUGUGGUUCGACCAAACCACUCGUGAGUGCAUCUCACCGUCCGACGCCAUCUGCAAUAUUCCUACACCACCGACUCCACCCCCAACGCCAACUAUCCCCCCUACCAUCCCACCAAGCGGACCACCAGAAGAGGGUAACCAACUAUGUAAUGAAUCGCCGAAUGGAACUUAUUUACCUAGCCCAGCUGACUGUAGCAGUUUUUACAUCUGCUUCAACGGCGGCGCAUAUCCCAGCAAUUGCCUUGGUGGAUUGUGGUUCAACCCAAUAACGAUGCUUUGUGAUUUGCCGGAGAAUGUGACGUGCAAUGUCUCGCUCCCCAGAUUAGCUGUCUAACAGUCGGCGUUUAAGAAGUAAAUAUUUUUGUCUUACGAAAAAUUCCAAUAAAUAUUACUCUCAGAUUAUUGCUGGA